GGCGAGCCUGUCGGGUUCGGGUUCCGAGGCAGUGAGGGCAGCGGAGGAGGCUGGGCGGCCGGUCCCCCACGGCGGAGCCGUGAGGACGCCGGGGCGGGCUGGGAAAGCGCUGCGCGCGGGCGGCCUGGCUCGGCUGCGCGGGGCCGUCGCGGGGGAGCGAGAGGAGGUCAGCGUCCCAUGCCAGGCCGAGUGAGGGCGCGGGCAGCCUCGAGCGCAGAGGCAGCCUCAUGGGCGCGCCGGCCGCGUCCGGGAAAGCACCCGGCUGAUGAGGGCGAGCUGGACCGUCGCGUCGGGCGUCCGGGAGGGAAUGCGGCCGCGGCCGGAGAGUUGAAGGUGGCGCGGGCGCGCACCCCGCGGGAACUGUCCCGCUGAGCGGGGAAAGGUGCCUCUUCAGAGCCACCCUCUCGCAGUCUUGAACUUUUCAGCUUCUCUGGUAACCGGUGAAGAUACUGCCACCCUGGACAUAGGUUUUCUCACCUGAAGAAGAAAAGAUGUGGAGUGGGCUGUUACCUCCUGGGCUAAAUGAAAGCGAUGUUGAAUCAAAUUCUGAAGAUGAAGCCAUACUAGAGAACCCAGAACUUUCAGAACUUAACUUACAGGAAGAUGGAAAGACUGACAGCAGUAGGAAGCCAAAAAUGUCAGACUUCCCAGCAUGCAAGUCAAAAGCUGAAACAGAGACUGACACAAAUGCAUAUGACAAAUGUCCUUCUGGAAUUCCCCUAAACAUGUGGAAUAAAUUUCAAGAAUUGCAUAAAAAAAAUUCUGAACAGAAAAAUUCAACAUCAAGAUUCAGACAGAAAAAAAGAAAACGCUCCAAAAAAGGCAAAUUGAAGAAUGAAAAGGAAUCUCAGAGUGAGCAGUCCUCAAGUGAAACCCAGUGGAAGGAGCUUACUCAAUAUUUUGGAGCCAAUGAUAGAUUUGAACCCCCGGUUAAACAGAAAAAAGUUGAGAAGUCAGGCCUUGAAAAGAGGAUAGACCAGGCUGUGGAGGAAUGGGAUGUUGAGAAGGCUGAAGAGCUGAGCAACCAGCUAGCUACUCGAGAGCUCGGUGUAAAAGUUGCCAAAGCAAUUGCUUGCCACAAGUUUGUUAAAGCCAAAAAGGAGGCUGAAAACUCACAGGCUGCUCGAAAGAAGAAGAAGCUGGCAUGGGGGUUUGAAGCAAAGAAGAGAUGGGAAACCAAAAGCAACAUGGGAUAUAUGUAAUCUUGCAGAGUUCUUCAAGACAUUUAUUUAUAGACUAUCAUGCUUCAUUUGACAAAAAGACUUUCCCACUUAGGUUAAAUGUGUCAGGAAAUUGAUAAAGAUAGAAAAAGAUAAGCGUAAAACUUGGGAGCUGAUUAUAAACUCUUUUCAGUCUUUUUUCUAAGAAGUUUGUGAAAAAAAUGAACAUUUUUAUAUUUGUGUAAGAAUUUUUAAGCAUAUGUACAAGAAAAAAGGAUAGAAUUUUAUUUAUUUGUUUGUGUAAGCAUACAGUUUAAAAUCAAUUUUGUGUUUGAUCUGCUUGGUCUAGCAUAUCCUGUGAGGUCCUUGGACUUCCUUAUCUGUUCUUAGCAUGCCUGCACUUUUUCUAGAAUUGUGUUUUUACGAAUGACUUUUGUUUAUAAUGGAUUAGUCAUAAAUAGAAAAAUUCUCAAUUGUUACUGACUUUACAAAUGGCUUUUAACUAUUUAAUUCUGUAAAAAUAAUUAUUGGUUAUUUUGGAGGAAGAAUUAAUAUUUCAUAGUCAUGUAGUAAAAGCAAUUGAUUAAUGUCAGUAGAAAUAAUUAUAGUAAAAAGUAGACACAUUUUAGUAUCUAGAGAAUGAUUUAAAUUCAGCUUUGCCUAGAAAAUGCCUUUCUAAAUAUCUGUCAACCAUGUCAUUCUUUGAAUUAUGAUUGUUCUUUGAAAAGGAAAUGGUCUGAUUGUGCUAGACACAGUUGUAACUUAAGAUAAUAUAACUUUGGAUUGUCUAAGAGCUCAUUUGUUUUUACCCCUUCUCCCUGCUACUCCUUAAAAGAUAGAAUUAAUGAGACUAAAGAGAGAACUGAUUCCGGUGAAA